AUGGCUCUCUCCCAGCUCAUUCGUAUCCCCAUCACUCGCCAUGCUGCAGCUGCUCCCAACGGAACCAAGGCACUUAUGGGCUUGAUGCACAAAUAUGGCAUGACCCCAACGAUGGAAACCAGAUUCGAGAGAGAUCACAACCGAACUCUGGUAGUUCGUCGAGACGACAAUACCGUUGAACCAGUUCCAGCCAUGGAUUGGGUUAACGAUUUGUUCUACACAUCCGAGUGCACGAUCGGGACACCAGGACUGAAAUUUAAUCUCAUCUUCGAUACCGGUUCUGCCGACCUCUGGACCUGGUCCACUCGUCUUCCAGAAAGCAUCCUAGCCGAAGGUCGUCAGGCUGGCACCACCAUUUUCGACCCUGCUCAGUCAUCCACAUACAAGGAGCUUGACGGCUAUAAAUGGAGAAUCAGAUACGGAGACCAAUCCGCAGCUGGCGGAACGGUCGGCACAGACAAUAUCCAGAUCGGAAACAUCAUGGUUAAGAACCAGACCAUCCAGCUGGCCGAUCGAAUAUCUGAAUCACUCGUCCAUUCUCAAGGCGCUCAUGGGCUUUUGGGCCUAGCGUUUGGCUCACUCAAUACCGUCACCCCAUUGGCAGCCAAGACUCCCUUGGAGAACAUGAUUACGCAAAAGGAUAUUCCAGUUGGGCAAUCCCUAUUCACCGCCUACAUUGGCUCAUACAAAGAUGUCAACGAUGCGGACAAAGGCCAAUCUUUUUUCACGUUUGGUGGCAUUGAUUGGGAAGUGGUGAAGUCGACAGGACAGGAAAUCACCUACGUCCCAGUCGAUACUUAUCGUGGCUUCUGGCAAUUCAACAGUCCAUCAUUCGCCAUCAAUGGCCACGUUAUCCGAACCGCUGACAACACUGCAAUUGCUGACACGGGUACAACAUUGAUGCUUGUCAGCGAUGAUGCAUGCCGGGCUAUCUACAACACAAUCCCUGGCGCUAUAUACUCGAAAGACGCAUCAGCCUGGCUGAUCCCAAAUGGCAUUCCUCUUGAGCAGCUUCCUUUCGUUUCCUUUGCACUUGGCGACAAGCAAAUGGUUAUUGAGAAGGAGCACCUACUCUAUGCACCGUCUGACUCACCCAUACCCGGAAUGACAUUUGGAGGCAUUCAGUCUCGCGGUUCCCUUCCAUUCGACAUCUGGGGUGACACAAUGCUCAAGUGUAUCUAUGCCAUUUUCGAUGCUGGCAAUAUGCAAUUCGGUGCAGUUCAACGUGUUGACCUCACACAGACAACACCAGUAUGA